GGGGACCCGGCCUCUGGGCAGCCCCGGCGGCGCUUCUAGUGCCUUCCAGCCCUCGCGGGCGGCGCAGCCGCGGCCCAUGGAGCCCGCGGGCCGGGCCCCCGGCCGCCUCGGGCCGCUGCUCUGCCUGCUGCUCCCCGCGUCCUGCGCCUGGUCAGGAGUGGCGGGUGAGGAGGAGCUGCCGGUGAUUCAGCCUGAGAAGUCUGUAUCAGUUGCAGCUGGAGAGUCGGCCACUCUGCACUGCACUGUGACCUCCCUGAACCCUGUGGGGCCCAUCCAGUGGUUCAGAGGAGCUGGACCAGGCCGGAAAUUAAUCUACCAUCAAAAAGAAGGCCACUUCCCCCGGGUAACAACUGUUUCAGACCUCACGAAGAGAACUGACAUGGACUUUUCCAUCCGCAUCAGUAACAUCACCCCAGCAGACGCCGGCACCUACUACUGUGUGAAGUUCCGGAAAGGGAGCCCUGACGUGGAGUUGAAGUCUGGAGCAGGCACUGAGCUGUCUGUGCGUGCCAAACCCUCUGCCCCCGUGGUAUCGGGCCCCGCAGCGAGGGCCACAGCUGAGCACACAGUGAGCUUCACCUGCGAGUCUCAUGGCUUCUCACCCAGAGACAUCACCCUGAAAUGGUUCAAAAAUGGGAAUCAGCUCUCAGACUUCCAGACCAACGUGGACCCCGCAGGAGGGAGCGUGUCCUACAGCAUCCACAGCACAGCCAAUGUGGUGCUGACCCGCGGGGACGUUCACUCUCGAGUCAUCUGCGAGGUGGUCCAUGUCACCUUGCAGGGGGACUCUCUUCGUGGGACUGCCAACUUGUCUGAGACUAUCCAAGUUCCACCCACCUUGGAGGUUACUCAACAGCCCAUGAGGGCAGAGAACCAGGUGAAUGUCACCUGCCAGGUGACGAAAUUCUACCCCCAGAGACUACACUUGACCUGGUUGGAGAACGGAAAUGUGUCCCGGACAGAAACGGCCUCAACCCUUACAGAGAACAAGGAUGGCACCUACAACUGGAUGAGCUGGCUCCUGGUGAAUGUAUCUGCCCACAGGGAUGAUGUGAAGCUCACCUGCCAGGUGGAGCAUGACGGGCAGUCAGCGGUCAGCAAAAGCCGUGACCUGAAGGUCUCAGCCCACCCGAAGGAGCAGGGCUCAAAUACCGCCACUGAGAACACUGGACCUAAUGAACAGAACAUCUAUAUUGUGGUGGGCGUGGUGUGCACCUUGCUGGUGGCCCUACUGAUGGCGGCUCUCUACCUCGUCCGAAUCAGACAGAAGAAAACCCAGGGCUCCACUUCUUCUACAAGGUUACAUGAGCCCAAGAAGAAUGCCAGAAAAAUAACCCAGGACACAAAUGAUAUCACAUAUGCGGACCUGAACCUGCCCAAGGGGAAGAAGCCUGCUCCCCGGGCCGCGGAGCCCAACAACCACACAGAGUAUGCCAGCAUUCAGACCAGCCUGCAGCCCGCCUCAGAGGACACCCUCACCUAUGCUGACCUGGACAUGAUCCACCUCAACCGGACCCCCAAGCAGCUGGCCCCCAAGCCCCAGCCGUCCUUCUCAGAGUAUGCCAGCAUCCAGGUCCCGAGGAAGUGA